CUGCUGUGUCGUCUGUUUGUACACAUCCAUCCUUUCGCUUCAGACGUAGAAGAAGAAGAAGAAGAAGAAGAAGAGGAGGAGCCCUCCGGUGGACGUGAGCGAGAGAGAAAUAGAGGCCCGGCCUCGACUGGCUGUGCUGGAUGGGCAGACUGGCAACUGGCAAGUAGUCACGGCACUACACGACCCUCUCACUCGACAGUCACUCGCCGUAAACGCCUGCCGCAGCUUCCUUCCUCCUUGGUGUGGAGCGGCCGGCAGCCAGAGGAUUUAAAAGAAAAAAAAGAAAAACGCUUGGCGGGAAAAAAGGAGAAAAUCAAAUCAAAACCCGAACGCAAUUUCAAACUGCAACAAUUCGGGGCCGACAGAACAAAACAUCAAAACUUUGAAGAAGAAGAAGAAGAAGAAGCUUUUAAAGGGAAGAAAAAGAUCAGCCAUCCGACCAACCAACCAACACAAAUUGAAUGUGUGUCGAUGCUUUCGUGUUACGGUCCUAGUGAUUCGAUCGGGACAGCAAACGCUUCGGCCGUCUCAGCACCAAAGGAUCGCAGUCAAGUUCCAGUCAAGUACGUCGGCGGCAAGUAAUCGAGGACUAUAAAAAGCAAAAGUGCGCCCCCCCCCCCCCCCAAAAAUUUGCAUCAGACGUCCCACCAGAGACUAGCGAACAAAAUUUUCUUUCCUUUUUUUCGCCGUGUGAAAAAUCAAAGAAAAAUCAAAAAACAUUCUUGAUUCGUACAUAUAGCCGUUGAUUUCGACAAGUGGUGCCCUGAAAAAUCUUCGUCCGACAUCUGCCCAAUCAGAAAUUGUAUCAAGAAAAACAAAAUCCGGACGCCAACCACGUCCAUCGCCGCGCGGCCGGGAAUCAAAAGGGGGUGGAGGAGGACGGGGUGGUGUGGAGGAGGAGAAACGGGCCGGGUGAGGAGAGAGAGACGACGAGAGCCACAGUCGAAGAUUAAUCGACGCCUCGGUGAUUAAUACCUGAGCGACCGAUUUACGUCAUCCAUCAGCAGCCGGGGCAGCGCAGACACGACGAUCCGAAAAAGUUUUCCAACUUUUCAAACGAAAGAAAACAAGAAAAAUCCAAACAAAUCCAAUCAAAAUCAACAAAAUAAAAAUAAAAUAAAAAUGCAGUGGUCAGGAUGGAUGCUCUUGAUCGGGCUGGUCUUACUGUCGACGACGUCACCGGCGUCGCCCAGCAACGCCAGUCCACGUGAGCUCAAGGCCUUGAGAGCGGCGCUCAAGAAACAGCAGCGCCUCAAAGAGCAGCGCAGCUCAUCGGCGUCGGGGAUCAACAGCAAAGGCGUCGGCGGGACUGGAACGGCCGGCUCGUCCAGCAUAGGAGGCAGCGGCGAAUACGUGCCGGACGCCGGCCCGUGGGCUUCAUCGUCGAUGGACGGCGGUGGAAAGGAGCCCAGCUGUGAGCAACUGCGGGAAAUGUGGCGCCAAUCGAAGCGACACUCAAGGGCCGCCGAGGCGACCAACGAAAUUCCCCAAUACGCCGACCCGUUCGCCCGGGCCGCCGCUCUCCACUACGGUCGCCAGCGCCAACAGCAGCAGCUGGGCUAUUCCGGCGCCGAGCCGACCCUCCGUCCCAGACAGGAGAGACGGCCCGUCGUUUACGGCCGGCUCCAUUCGUCGCCGUCGUCGCUGGACGGCCAGGAAGUCGUCGACCGACCGCCGAGACCCUUUGACGUUUUGCGCAAAUUGAGCCGGACUGAGUCGGCCGACGGCGGCUCGGCAUCCUCUGACGGCCAGAAUUCCGGCGCUCGAUCCGGCGUCGUCCUGUACGGCGAGGAGGAUCGGUCGCCGUUCCCCAAGUCGCCGGCCAAGGGAAGUCUCCAACACCUGAGGGAACUGGUCCGCGAGGAGCAGGGCGGUGGCGGCCAAUUGCCCAGCGGAGUCAAGGGAAGUUUCCAGCAAUUGCGCGACAUUAUCCGCGAAGAGAACCGCGAAGGGCGUCCGUCGUCGUCAUCGUCAAGUGGCCGUUCCUCCGAUUGGAGCGACGCCGACGUCGGUCGGGUGGUGACGUCGCCGUCGGAUCACAGCAGCAGCGGCGUCGGCGGGAGUAAAUAUUCCUUGUUCGCCAUGCAGGGCGACGCUCCAUACGAGAGUCCGUCCAGCCAGUCGGCGUACCAGCAGCAGCACAGCUCCUCGGCGUCCAGCAACAACCGACGGCCAUCAGCGGGCAACAACAACAACAACUACAACCGUCUGUCGUCGUUUGGCAAAUCGCAUCACCGCAACCACAACAUCAACCGGCAGCAAAUGUCCGACCUGUUGGCGUCCGAUCCGACGGCGGCGGCCGCGGCGUCGUCGGCCGCCGUCAUGGCGUCGCGCCGACCCUUCCAGCUGAGAGAUCCGCCGCGACCGAAAAUCGGUUCCAGCCGCCUGGUCGGUUCCAGCCAAAGGGCGGCCAACAACAACCGAUGGUCUUCUUCUUCUUCCGGCGGAUCACCGGAUUCAUCCAACGACGACGACGUGGGCGUCGUCCGGGGUUACGUCGCCGGAGGAGGUCGAACCAACGCUAAUCCCUUCUACUCUUCGCCGCCCGCCAAGCCGAGCAGGAGGUCGUCGGCACUAGCGGAAAUGGAAGAAGAAGAGGACGAUUGUGACGACUUUGGAGAAGAGUCGGAUCCAUUCUGCCGCGUCAAUUCCGAUUGCCGGUGCGCUUCUUUGGCGUUGGGAGUGCAGCAGCGAUGCCAGCGUGGCCGUUGCGUGCCAAUGUCCAACCGGAACGGCCAGCAGAAGCAGCAAAAGCGGAAGCAGAGGAAUCAGCAUCAGAAGCGCAAAUCAUCAACUUCAUUGCGUCGCCGUCGCCUUGAAGACGACCAAGUGGACGACGACGAGUGGAGGACCAGCGAUCGGGACGUUGAAUCGCGAUUGGAGCAGAUACUGCAGGAAGAAGAGCAGCAGCAACAAUCGGAAGAUGAAGAAGAGUCGUCGGCGGAUGAGAGUCGCUCCAGCAGCAGACCGAGCGGUCGCAAAGCCGACGCCAUCCGAGACAUUAUCGACGCUCUCCAACAAAUCGAUCAGCAACAAGAGUCGACAGACUAAAGGGGGGGGGGGGGAAAAAAGGCAAAUGUCAUUUUCGGCAGUUCAGCAAAAUUUGAAUUGUUACAAAUUGAUCUAAAUAGCCCAAAAAAAACAAAAAAAAAAACAAAAAAAAAUUAAUUCAACCGCACACGCACUUUUCGACGAAAGGUAAUUUGAAAAACAGCAAACAAAUAACCAGCACCCCUCGGGAAACAAAACAAAAAUAAUUAUCGAUUUUCCUCCACCCCCCAUUUGAUGAAAACAAAUUUAAUCGACAGAUAUACUUUGAUUCCCUUCCCUGGCACGUGUUGAUCUCACACACCAAGUUAAUUUUUUUUUUCUUCUUCUUUCAAUUUAAUUUAUUUUUCCAAAGAAAAAUGACAAAACAAAACAGAAGGGAACAAUUUGAGCCCUGUGAAAAUCGAAAAAUAAUCGUGUCCCUUCCUUUUUGAAUCAAUUCGACACAUAUGGCCGCGCAUCACUCGUUUAAAAUGAACAUUUUUAUGGGAUUCACUUGUUUAAUUAUAACGCUCUCGUAUAUCACGUUGAAAUAACGGCGCCCAGAUAUGAUUUGAUUCGUACGCCCAUUCCAAGACUCCGUUUAAAAAACCAAACAAAAAAAAAAGGCAUUUGUGUUAUCUUUUUCGUUGUCUUCCCACCCACGUUAACAUGUCGAUGAUUUAUCUCCAAGUGAAUUAUUCGCAAAACAAAAACAAAAAUGUAUUUUAAAUGAUUUGAGUUGACCAGAAUUGGAACCCCCCCGACAACCAGGGAUAUGCUGACAUAUCAAUAGCCUCUCCCUCCAAUCCCUCUCGUCAUUGACAGCAACAACAAUUGAGGAAAAUUCGAAUCUCCCGCCAAAAAAAGAAAAACCCCCAAAAUUCCUGUGAAAAGAGCGACGCGGACGAUAUUUACAGCGGCGCGCGGUGAAAACAAAACAAAAAAAAAAGAAUCAACACAUUUCAAUUCUUUCAAAAAUAAGACAAAAAAAAAAUGGCAAAACAUAUACAGUUAUAUAUAUAUAUAUAUAUCAGCUUGUCCCUUACGUACUAUAUCAACUCUGAUGUAUUUCUAUUUUCAUUUUCUCGGCAAAAAACGGAGAAGACGGAGAGAAAAAGAAGGAGAACAUUUUACCUAGUGCAUAUCAAAGCAUAGUGUCUUUAUGUGGCGGUUUCGCAAACUAAAACUUCAAAAAAAGAAAAAAAAUUCAAAAAAAAAAAUACAAAAAUCAAUUUAACCCCCUCAGCAAAACAAUUGUAGCCCACACCCCUCCGAAAAACUGAAUAUUUCCCCUGCCCGAUUUGAUUCCAUUAAAAACAAAAAAUACCAUACUAUAUAUUACACCACAUGUGAUGUGUAUAACUUAUAUAAUCUUAAUUAUUGUAACUGUAUCUGCUACACAAAAACCAAAAGAGACAAAAAGGCUAACCGCAAACAAAACAAAA